AAACGCACAAGAGUUGCGCGUUCCCUUACGUGAUCUUUUGUAUGUAUGACAGCUUUGACGACUGCGAAAGAAAAAAGAAACACACGCCAACAUGUCAACACAAGUGCCGCCCGCAACGGCCCCGCAGCAGCCACCCAUGGACCCGACCAUCCCGGAAUGGGACAACAACGCCGUGCACACGUCCAAAGAUGGAGUCGCGACGACAUCAAAGUCUGGAUACCCUCGUGGUGGAAAGAUAGUGUUUCAGGAAAAGUUCGAUGCUGUUCUGCCACGAUCGCGGUCGUAUUUUGGACUCAAGAGACGCACUUUCUUGAUUGUUGUCAUAUGCGCCUUUCUCGCAUUGCUUGCUCUUGUCAUUGGUCUCGCCGUCGGUCUAACAAAGCAUUCGAAAGGGAGCGGUCAGAAUCUACCACUACCGACAAACAGCGAGCAGCAUGAAGGUGAUCUCACAUACUACGGGACAGGACUAGGCUCCUGCGGUAUCACCUCGUCCGAUAGUGAUUCAAUCGUGGCUGUUUCCCAUUAUGUCUUUGACGCUGCAUCGAGAAGCUCCAAUCCCAACCAGAACCCUUUGUGCGGUCUGAAGAUAAGAGCCUCGAGAUACGAUGAGCAAGUCGGAGAGAGGCGAAGUGUUGACUUGACGGUCGUCGAUCGCUGUGUUGGAUGCGCGGCUACUGACAUUGAUGUAUCUCCUGCGGCAUUUGAUAAGCUCGCCGCAAGAGCUAGUGGAAGAGUCGACGUGACCUGGGCCUGGCUUUCGCCUCAAGCAACUGCUUAAGUUUGUGUUGCGGGCGACACAUCACAUGAACAACGAUUGGACGACACAAUUUGAUGAAGACAUGAUUGAUUCGUAAUAUGCACGCCUAAGCGCGACUUUUCUUGCAAGGCCAGCCUGCGAGUUUUAAGGAGCAUACUCUGCGAUCAACUGAAUAUCGACACAGUUGCGGGGGGUGGUAACGUUCAUCCAUCUGUACCAGAUGGCAGUGGCUGGACCCCAUUCCAAAGCCUGGUCGCAAGCUAUUCAGCGAGAUCAGCACAUCAUACCUCUCAACUCGGACACUGGAAUCUACUCACCAUACCAAGACACCCUCUGGGAUGCCCAGUCCACAAUACCACCCUCAUUGACAUAGACUCCCUUGGUACCCUGUUG